AUGGCUGUUGGCACCCAUAGCAGGUGUGUUGGGGAAUGGCCUGACGUAUUUCGUUCUCCAGACGCUAGACAAGCUUACAAGUUGCAACGUUGGGAUUGUUGGCACUCGCAAGUUUGUGGGAGCAUUGCGGCAGUAUGUUGUGACUGUUGUGUAUGCCCAAGGAAUCGUGAACCCAAAUCACGCGCAGAGCUCUUCUUGGCUGUCGGUUUCGGCUCGUUGGUGGAAGAGGAGGAGGAGCGCGGCAUAGCCCAUAUCAUCGAGCACCUGGGGUUUUCCGCAACAAAAGCAUAUGAAAAUCAUGCCAUCGUCAAGUUCUUGGAAUCCAUCGGUGCCCCUUUCGGUGCAUGCCAGAAUGCUUACACCAGUUUUGACCGGACCGUGUACACGCUUCACGUGCCCACUGACAAGGAAGGCUUAGUGGAAGAGUCCUUGAAGGUUUUGCGCGAAUUUGCGUAUUUCACUCGGAUCUCGGAUGAGGAUUUAGAGAAAGAGCGAAAAGUCGUCUUGGAGGAAUGGCGCGAAAGUCGCAGUGCCCAGGGGCGCCUCAGCGAGAGGUACAUCCAGGCACUUUGUGGUGCUGGUUGCAGAUACUGCGAGCGACUCCCUAUUGGGAAGGAGGAUGUCAUCCGUUCGGUGUCAUCCCAAACGCUUCGACACUUCUAUCAAAAGUUUUAUCAUCCGGCACGUAUGGCGAUUGUGGCUGUUGGUGAUUUCGAUGAAUCUCUCGUCGAGAUGCAAAUAAAGGAGCUGUUCGACAUUCCUCCGGAGGAGAUAUCCCCACUUCCUCGAUGCCCUGUGGCUGCAGCACCGGAGCGUCCCAGGUAUGCUGUGCCGAACUCCGAGGGCGUCCGUGUGGCCAGCAGCACAGACCCAGAGCUUAGCUUUGCACAGAGCAUGAUCGACUGCAAGCGACCACGUACUCCUGUGCGGCUUGUCCGUGAUGUCCGACGACGGAUCACGGAGGAUCUUUUCCAUCGCGCCUUCAGCGCCAGGUUGUUGAGGUUGACCUUGCAAGGCCCCCUCGAAGGAGGUCCACGGGACUUCUUCUCUGCUGGCACCGACACCUCAGAUCCUUUGCCGGCUCUGAGCCCGUUGAGUGCCAGCUUGGCUCCUCUGCCUGGGCGAGUUCGCCCAGCUCUCGCUGGCUUGCUGAGGGAGCUCGAGCGAAUCCGCCGAUUCGGUUUUCAUGGUGCGGAGGUGCUGCGGGCCAAACGCUCCAUGCUGGCCGAGUUCGAGGAGGAGUACAUUGAGCGUGAGCAGCGCCCUUCUGACGGAUUCGCGGAAGAGCUGACCAGCUUCUUUUUAGACGAGGACCAUGCGCCUGGGGUGGUGGACCGUGCGCGUCUGGGGUCGGUCCUGCUUCCUCAAAUUUCCGUCGAGGAG